AUGAACAACCUACCAAAACCAUUAUGGGACCCACGACCGUUAACACCAACAAAUAUGAACAAUCAACAACAACGACAACAACAAGAAAGUACAAUCAGAAGAACUAAAUUAUAUCGUCGACGAUGUCAUGGUAAUCGUAAAUUACGACGUUUUAAAAAUAAAUGUCGUCAACGAGGCAUGAAUAAAGAAGAAAUUCAACGUUUAAUUCAAGAUCGUUGCCAACAACAAGAACAACAAAUUGAUUUUCGAAUGGAUGAGACAAAUGAUGAUAUCGAACUACAUCAACCGAUCACAACGACAACAAUAACAAAAUCGAAGAGAAUAAUAGAAAAACGUAUGAAAAUGAAAAUGGUAUUGAAGAAAUUCAAUAAUCGACUUCCAAUAUAUUUGAAAAAGGCACCAAAUAUACUUAUACAAAAUCUUAGUUUACAAUUACAACAAAAAAUUACGAAUAAGAAACAACAACGCUAUCUUUAUCAUCGACUACAAUUACUUGAUCAACUACAUCGUAUUGAUCAAUAUCGAUAUUUAUGGCAAUCUUAUUUAAAUCUUGGUUCUACAUCUAAUUUAUGGCCAAUACAUAUACAGAAGAAAAUGAAAUCAAAGAAUAUCGAAUCUUGUGUACAAUAUAUUGAACAUCAUUUAAAUGAACUUGAACAACAAUAUCAUCAAGCUACAAAUGAAUUGAAUGAACAAGCUAAAUCAUGUCCAAUUAAACUUAAACCAUUCGAUAUUCUUAAUCAAAAACUCAAAGAAUUUGUUCAAUUACAAAGAACACGUUUUACUGAAAAAUUAAAUAUUCAAUUGACUAGACAUAAAAAUUACAUUCAUGAAAAUGAAUUAUAUCAAACUGUAUUACAUCAUAUUCAUACUGAUGAACAAAAAUCUAUGAUUGAUCAAUUGAUAUAUAUACGAGAACGACAAUUAGAAAUCUUUGAAAAUUAUCUUCGAUUAGAAACACGGAUAUCAAUGCAAUGUUUACCUAAAGAAUUGAAUCGUAUUGAAAAUAUCAUUACAUCGAUUCGAUAUCGACCACGUUUUCGAAAUUUUCUUUCUAUUCAAUUUCAACAACAACAAUAUAAACUUAUACAAGAAGCAAAACGUAAUUGUUUAAAUAUGUUUUUACAUGCUUAUGAAAUUCAAUAUCAACACUAUGAAAAUCAUAAGCAUGUAUUUUUAAAAGAAUUUCAAUGCAAAAAUAAUACAUGUAGUAAUGAAACCAGUCUAUUAGAAUGUUUUCUUAUUUAUAUAAAUUAUCGAAUCGAUCGAUUAAAACAAGUCCUUUAUUAUGAAAGAAUACCUAUCUUUCGAAGAAAACUUCGACGUCAACGACAACAUUUGAAACGAAAAGGAAAAUUUUUGAAACAAAUUCAAGUUUCUCCUUAUGUGAUUCUUGAUCUUCAACGACAUCCAUUUACAACUACUGAAUUAAAAUAUCUUUCAAGAGGUCCAACUUAUAUAAGACCAAAUCAAAGUACACUUUGCCCAAUGAAACAACGACAUAAACAAAUUCAAGUUGAAUUAAAUGAUAUGUUAAGUAAAAUUAAAAAUGGAUUAGGUAAUACAACAAGAGAUGGAUAUCCUUCGAUAUCAAAGACUGCAUCAGUAUAUAAAUUAUAUGAAGAUCGUCUUCGAACAUGUCUUACUUGUCAAUAUAUGAAAUCAUUACCAUUUAUUGACCAACUACGUGCUGGAAAAGAACUUAAAUGGAUUAAAUCAAUUCGACGAAAAUUAAAACGAUAUAAAUUGAUUCUUCGUCGAACGGAUAAGAGUGGUGUAUUUCAUAUUGGUCAUAUGCGUGAUUAUGAACAAAAAGCUCAUAGUUAUCGAAAAACAACGGAUGCCUAUGAAGAACUAUCGACAAAUCCAUUGAAUGAUAUCUAUCGUCGUGUAAUUGGUCUAUUAAAUCAAUUACGUUCUCAGAAUCAAAUAAGAGAAUGGCAAAAACAAAAAUUAAUUCCUGUUCAAAAUAAAAUUGAAUUAGCUUAUAUGUAUUUUCUACCAAAAC